GGUCCAAGCGCCCACCUUUGUCCUAACUCUAUUGGCUUGCCGUCUCCGAUGCUAAUGUCUGAUUGGCCAAAGCAUCUGUUGUUUCCGCUGCAUGCCAGCUUCACUGUGGCGUUUUGUGAGGACCCCUGUCUGUUGAUCGUAUUCAAAACACAAAACCUCAGGGUACUGAGUGGUUGGCCAUGGCAUCUGACUCCCCGCGCAGACCGAGCCGCUGUGCUGGUGGGGUUGUGGUUCGAGCACAGGCUGCAACGGAGCAGUCGUACAUGGAGAGCGUAGUUACGUUCUUGCAGGAUGUAGUCCCUCAGGCGUAUACUGGGACACCUCCGAAUGAUGAAAAAGAGAAGAUUGUUUGGGUCCGUUUUGAAAAAACUGACAUCAAUGAUGUGGCCCGCUUGCCAGAGUUCCAAGAGAUGCACGGCAGCGGCACUGACCCGCCUCUCUGCUUGAUGAUUGGCUACACGGAUGGAAUGCAGAUUUGGAGUAUAUCACUGAGCGGGGAGGCGCAGGAGCUGUUCUCGGUGCGGCACGGACCUGUGCGUACUGCUAGGAUCCUGCCUGCUCCUCUUAUCUGUUCCCUCAACACUGACAGCUUCGCUGAGAAACGGCCCCUCCUCGGCGUGUGCAAGAGCACGGGCUCUUCUGGGACAAGUCCCCCUUAUUGUUGUGUGGAUCUUUAUUCCUUGAGGACAGGAGAGAUGGUCAAGUCCAUACAGUUUAAAACGCCCAUCUAUGAUCUGCAUUGCAACAAAAGGAUCCUCGUCGUUAGUCUUCAAGAAAAGAUCGCUGCAUUUGACAGCUGCACCUUUAUGAAAAAGUUCUUUGUCACAAGCUGCUACCCCUGUCCUGGGCCCAACCUAAACCCCAUUGCUCUGGGAAGCCGGUGGUUAGCCUAUGCUGAGAACAAGCUGAUCCGGUGUCAUCAGUCCCGUGGUGGGGCCUGUGGAGAUAAUGCCCAGUCCUACACUGCAACUGUCAUCAGUGCUGCUAAAACGUUGAAGACAGGCCUGACCAUGGUGGGUAAAGUCGUGACCCAGCUUGCUGGUACACUGCCAUCAGGGGCACCCGACGAAGAGGGCACUGCCCAUAGCGGUACCCGCCGCAGCCCUCACCAGCCUGGUGUGGUUACCAUCAUAGACACACACACUGUGGGAGAAGGACAGGUUCUUGUUAGUGAGGAUUCUGAUGGAGAAGGAGUGAUUGCGCAUUUUCCAGCACAUGAUAAGCCUAUAUCCUGCAUGGCGUUUAAUCCGAGUGGUAUGUUACUCGUGACUGCAGACACCCUUGGCCAUGACUUCCAUGUUUUCCAAAUCGUGACUCACCCAUGGGCGUCUUCCCAGAGUGCAGUUCAUCAUCUAUACACACUUCAUAGAGGAGAGACUGAGGCUAAGGUGCAGGACAUCUGCUUCAGCCAGGACUGCCGCUGGGUGGUGAUCAGUACUCUUCGAGGUACAUCUCAUGUCUUUCCCAUCAAUCCAUACGGUGGAGCGCCAUGUGCUCGCACACACGUGUCUCCACGUGUGGUGAAUCGCAUGAGCCGUUUCCAGAAGAGUGCCGGACUAGAGGAGAUCGAGCAAGAGCUGAGCAGCAAACAGGGCGGACGAUGUAGCCCUAUUCCUGGCCUCUCUAGUAGCCCAUCUGGAUCCCCACUACACGCCAAAGUGACCAGUCAAGAAUCCUAUAACAACUUCACCAACAACAACAUGGGUAACCCACGCCUGUCUCCAUUACCCAGUUUGACGAUCGUGCUUCCACUGGCUCAGAUCAAGCAGCCGAUGACCUUGGGCACCAUCACCAAGCGCUCUGGCAAGUCCAAGCCACCUCCCCAGAUCUCUCCCAGUAAGUCCAGCGGUGGGGAGUUCUGCGUGGCUGCAGUCUUCGCCUCCUCCCGCUCUUGGUUCAUCACCAACCCCAACAUGAAGAGAGAGAAAGAUCAGUCUCGGCAGGCUGUUGUUGAAUCGCUGUACAUCCUGAGUUGCUACGGAAACCUGGUGGAGCACGUGCUGGAGCCUCGUCCAAUCAGCACGGUGCAAAAAAUAGGCGACGACACGCCUCUGGAGCUGAACACCUGUCCGAGAGCCUGUUGGAAUCUAGCCAGGACACUGCAGUGGAAUGAACUACAACCACCUUUCAACAGCAACCACCCCUUGGUGCUUGCCUCAGACUUUGUGCAGUACUAUCAAUACCUCCUGGCUGGAUUAGCUCCUCCUGGCAGCCCUGGCCCCAUUACUCGGCAUGAGUCUUAUGACAGUCUGGCGUCUGAUCACAGUGGUCAGGAGGAUGAAGAAUGGCUCUCACAGGUGGAAAUUGUGACCCACACCGGCCCUCACAGGAGACUCUGGAUGGGCCCUCAGUUUCAGUUUAAGACCAUCCAUCCAUCGGGUCAAACCACUGUUAUCUCCUCCAGUUCCUCUGUGCUACAGUCACAGGGGCCCAGCGACACCCAGCAGCCUCUUCUUGAUUUCGACACAGACGACCUGGACCUGGACCUGCACAGCCUCAGAAUCCAGCCGGUGCGUUCAGAACCCGUUAGCAUGCCUGGCUCGUCUCGCCUGGUGGCCGACCGUAGAGGCCAGUCAACAGUCAUAGAUACCGGCUCAGGCAUGUUUGACCGCAGCGUCACCCUGCUGGAGGUGUGUGGCAGCUGGCCUGAGAGUUUCGGACUGCGUCACAUGUCCUCUGUGGAAGCCACAGAAGAGGGCCUGAAGGAGAGGCUGGCAGAUGCAAUGUCAGAGUCGCCCAGCAGAGAUAUUGUGGGCUCUGGGACAGCAGAGCUGCAGAGGGAGGGAAGCAUCGAGACGCUCAGCAAUAGUUCUGGCUCCACCAGUGGCAGCAUUCCCCGAAACUUCGAGGGCUACCGGUCCCCACUUCCCACCAAUGAGAGCCAACCCCUCAGCCUCUACCCCACCGCAUUCCCCUAAAACCAGCCGUCCCGCCCACAUCUCAGACCCGAGGAAACCUCUCUGUCGUCUUUGGACAAUCUUGCCAGCACAACCACAACACAUCACCCACGACAGGCCACACUCUUCACCCUGCAUCCUGCUCUGCUAUAUCAUUUCUCUUUUCUUUGAAAUGUGGAUUUUCCUUUAAUCAGACUCAGCAUGCAGGAAAACAGUGUUCAACCAGGCACCGGCGUUAACAUCCUUUGUCAUUCACUUCCCUUGUAGAAUAAUGUUAAUGUUGCCUCCACCUGAGAGAGAGAGAGAGAGAGAGAGAGGGAGAGAAAGGGAUCCAUUGGAGUUGCCACUUUAUUCAAAGACGUGUCCUAUUACCAAUAUUAUUAUCAAUCGAACUUCCAGUGCGUAUCUUUAUUGAAUGUGUGUGAGUGAGUGAGAGAGUGUGUUCAUCAAAUACGUGUCCUGAUCACUUCUCCGUAGUUGAGUUUAGGUUUGAGCUUAUUAGACAAAUGGUGUUUGAUAUAUUUUAGUAAAUAUGUAAUGUAACAUUUGAAUUGAUUUGUCUUUUACAGGUAAUCAAACCUGGUUAUGUUUACCAUUUGAUCUGGUGUUACAUAGUGUUCAUAUUCCGCACAUUUCUGCUGUAUAUUUGAUUUAAAGAAAUGUUUUAACAAGAGUCAGUUUCUUGGAUUCAAUUGUAUUUGCUUUACAAACUAUAUAGGUUCAAAUGAUUCAAUUUCCAUUCGUUUUAUGGGUAAAUGAAAUGUAUUGAUUCUUUCAAAAGGCAUUUUUGUGAUUUAUAGGAUGUGUGUGAGGCUGAUAUUUAGCAGUGGUGCUCUCAAGGAUCCACAGCAAAUUUUAUUCAGCUCGGGUGAUUUAGACACCUGUUCCAUUAUCAUCAUUAUCAUUAGUAUCACCAAUAUAUCAUUUUGUUUUAGCUUAUUUAACUAUUUUAAAUGGCUUUGUUUGAAGAAUGUCUUGCUUGACUGGAUGCAGUAUUUUACAUACACUCACAACACACAGUUAUUGAUAAAUACCAAUUAAACAAGAAAUGUGAAUACAUGGUCCUGAUCAAGAGCCUGCCGUUGGCUGACAGCGCUUUGCAUGAUGAAAGCUGGAGAGGAAACAUCAAGAGUUUGUUCACUGUCAUUUAUUAUGGCAUUCAAGUUGGCAUGACUUUAAGUCUGAAUGCAGUGCACAUGCUUUGGACGGACUAUAUUUUUUGUUAUAAUACUUGUGCGAUGUGAUCUAGAAAUAGGAAUUUAUGCAAGUGAGUUUAACGAGUCUUCUAUACAUCUGCGUGAUUGCUUAAUACAGCAUAUGCAUUCUGACUCCCUCAGUUUGUUGUUUUCGCUUGUUAAACCUUGCUUUCUCCUGAAUAUAUUUGUUAUACAAAAAAGGUAAAUAAAUGCAUUUAAAUGAUGAGAUGAUAAUCUCAAUCACUCAAUCAC